GGACGAUAGAAGGGUGAAAAAAAAGAAGUAACGAUACUCCUGUUUACAAGAAGAUAAUGGAGAUAAAACGACCAAAUACCACCUGCAAGUGUAUUUUACUGACUGGAUUUACACUAUGUAUGCUAUUAGUCUCAAACCCUACGUCUGCCAUCGACAUACACGCCGACCCUGAAGUGAUGAUGGAGAACGGCACUUCGGGGAUCCUCCGAUGCACCUUCAGGUCCAACGAAGUGGUCAGCACCGCAACCACAGUAACCUGGAGCUUUCAGUCGAAUCAGCCCGACAAUCAGUUCUUCAAAGCUCCGUACGUGAUUUUCUACUUUUCCAACGGGAAGGGAUUUCAUGGACAAGCUGAGUUCAAAGACAGAGUGCAGUUUGUCGGAGACAUCAACAAGAGGGACGCUUCUAUACAGCUGAGUUCGGCUCAGUUCAGCGACAACGGCACCUACUUAUGCGACGUCAAGAACCCGCCGGAUGUUCAGGGGACGCAGGCUCGAACGGAGCUCAGGGUCGUUCUGAGAGAAUCUCUUCCACAGAGCAACACUCCCAUCAUAGUCGGAGCAGUUUGCGGUGCUUUAUUCGUGCUCGUCCUCAUCGCCGUAGCUGCCUGCUUUGUCAUGAGGAUGCUUCACAACCGCCAUGAUUAUGAAGGAUGUACGUCCUUGGAAAGCGUGAGCUCUCAGGCUCCGCAGCCACGAAAGAAGGUGGAGUCCAGCCGGGAGGGCUCCAGGUCUACCAGCCCCUCGGGUCCACUACAGGGCCCGGUGAUAUACGCCCAGUUGGAUCAUUCAGGCAGCAAAAACUCCUUCCAUAAGAUGGAGCCAGUGGUCUACGCUGACAUCCGUAAAAACUGAAGAGGAAAUGGGGACCAAAAAAACAAAAAGGAAAAAAAAAACACAAAACAGUACAGUAAAGUUAUCAGACCUCUCUAUCAGCUGCUCGUGGGAAGGGUUGGGAUAUUUCAACAGGGACCGAAUUGGUGCAGUUUCAUUUUUUUUCAUCUUUUAUCCUCUGACAGCAUGAUAAUAAUGAAAUAAUGAUUCCAUGUGCUUAAAUGUAAAACACUAUUACACUCCAGUGGACACUACACCGCUCUGUUACAUCUUGCCUUGAAACUGUCGUCUAAUACAGGGAUUAAAGUAAAAAAAAAAAGAAAGCCUUCAUUAAAAUCAUUCCAAGUGUAAAAAUAUUUUUAUUUUAAUACUAAAAAAAGAAAAAAUCAAGCUCUGCAGGUUGUUGCACCAACUGAAAUCAAAAAUGUGAGUGUUAAGCCCCAUUUUAUUCACUAAAUCAACGCUUUGUUUGUCAGUUGCAUGAUUUUUACAGACUUUACACGCAUUAAAUCCUGUUAACAGAUUUUUAAGUGUAAAAUUGAAGUUGGUCUCCUUUAAAUGUCUAGAAAACCACCAAAGUCAAUACCUAAACCGCUACGAGUCUUUGUAUAAACACCCCAAUAAACAAACAAGCCCAUUGGUGCUAACACUAACCGCAUUUCCCAUCACAAGUGAAUGAAGCAUUAAAUUACGUUUGUGUGUCGUCAUUUACUCUAAAUAUCGACCUCCUGCCUGUUUUAUUUCAGUCACAGCACAUUCUCAUUUAACACUACAGUUUUAGUCACAACAUGUACAAUUAAUAUUAAAAGCAAACAUUAUUUAUACAGUGCUCUUCAAAACGGUUACGAAAUGCUUUACAUGGUCUAAAGAUUUAAGUACUACAAUUAGGAAUUAAAAACAAACAAACAACACUAAGAAUAAAAGCAUUAAGACAUCUGUAGUAAUAAAAGAAAAAAUGUAGGUGUAUCAAUUAGAUAAAGGCAUUAUUUGUGUUAAAAAGUGAUAUAAAAGUUGUCAAAUCUUAUGAUGGCAGCGGUACGAGAAAUUGGAUCUUGGUGCUACUCAAGCUGCAAAAGCUUCUGGAUCGUGUGAGCGAUUAAUCGGUCGUCAUGGGUGAUCUAUCCGGGUGUUAAAUGAAUGCCUUUAUCUGUACAGUUUCUACACAGAUAACCAGUUACAUGUUGUGUAACUAACCUUUAUGGUGAAGCCUGUUUUCUGUAAAGUUUUUUGCGUGACUUGAUUGAAUUGACACACAGCUGGUGCAACAAGCUGCCCGAAACGCAGUUCAGUCAUCUCCACCGUCGUGCAGUUCCAUAGUGAUCUUGUAUCAUAAGGGGGCGAAUUAUGUAAAGUCGGAUUUCACAUUGCCUACAGUAACUUUGCAUGCAGUUGUAAUGACAUCUCCAAACUGGUACUGCUCAACGAGUUGCAAAAUCAGAAGAAGCCGUCUGACGUUGUUUUACUGUGAAUGCUUCAGUUUUCUGUAAACCUCUGGCAUGUUGUUGUGGUACCUUUUUUUUUUUAAAAAAAGACAUUGCCUCCCUUUUUGAAUUUCACCUCAGUGGAACGUGUUCUUUAACCUUUUUAUUUUCUGGCUUCUCGUUAGUACCAGAAUAUUAAGUAAUUAUAUAUAUAUCGAACCAAAUUUUGGUUGCUUUUGUUGUCUGUCAUCAUUUUUAAAAAAGUGAUUAUGAACACGGACUUUGCAACUGAGGUAGAUGUUUGUUUUCUGCUUGUUUAGGUGUGCUUAGAAAUAAGAAGUUAGCUACUGGUGGUAAUAAACCUGAGCUUUUUUUUUUUUUUUUUUUUUUUUUACUUCAACUUAGUUUUGAGUAAUUUUUUAAAUAUGCAUGUUAACACAAUGUUCCACUGAGAUGAAAUAUCUCUUUUUAUUAAAACUGGGAGCUCUCCUGACUUGUUGGGGCAAAAAAACAAACACGCUAAAACACUGUUUGCAUGCAAUGUACUAACAUAACAAUCAUAAUUAUGAAAAAUAUCCAUCCUUUUUUUUGAGAAAAAAACUAUGUGAUGAAAGGUUUUUUGUUUUGUUGUGCAAAAUUAUGGGCCAAAUAUCUAAUGUCAACGGUAAUAUUAGGUAAGUACUUUUCAGAUGCUUUUAAGCUUUACAUUGCAUUCCAAAUUCUUACGAUUUUCUUUUGUCUUGAAGCAUUAAGCAACCAAAAUUUGUCUCUUUAUAUUUUUGUUUGUUAACAGUUUGGUUACCUAUGAGAGUGAUGUUUGUGUUGUCUAAAACAGUCUAAAUGCCUUCAGCUUCAGCUUGUGAUUCCAAAAAAUGCAGUAAACUUCUGUGUUGACUGGUGUUUGUAUAUAUUUCCUGCUCAUGUAAGAUAUAGUGCUGUUUACUGUAACUCAUUCCAGUGUGGUAUGGCUGUGGAUGUCUUUCCAAGAGAGGGGAAAGUAGAUUGCUGUAGAGGUAUAGAAAGUUGGUGGCAUGCUUAGUGUUUAUUAUCUUUCUAGUCUUAAUUAUUCGUCAUCGAAACAUUCCAACUCACUCCAUCACAGUGCCUGCAGGAAGUGUUGAGCCUGUCACAUUCAAAAUGGCUUGAAUUAAGCUUUUUAUAGUCAAAAUUUUGUUUCACAAACAACAAAAUUAAGAUGUUUCUUGGACACCCGCUGGCUUAAAGUUUGCUCCCCUGUCCAAUGCAGAGUUUAUUGUACCAUUUUAUAGUGUCAUAUUUAUCUUUGUUUCACUCCUAUGCUCACAAUGUACCUUACAAGACUGUAGCCAAGCUAGCGACCUAGUGAGGUGAUAAAGCUCAUUAUACACAUGAAAACAAAAUCAGUGGAUAAAACCCACCAGGAGAGAAAAUCUAUUGUCAGACUGAAAAGCAGCAUUUCCCCAGCUUCUCUGGCUGAAAGUUUGAGGUUUUUUGGGAUGUGCAGGGCUGUUUUACACCCGAAGCAACACCCAACAGUGAUGUUACGAUGUACUGACGCAACAACGUCUACAUCACUGCAAGAAGUCUUAGUGCAACAUGCUGAAAUUUAGCACAUUAGCAGUAAUGCACCUGAGGCUUUAUAUGAAGGCGGUCAUUUAUUUUACAUCUUUCCUAAUUGAAUUUAACCUUCUUGUCGUCGUCUCGGGUCAAAUUGACCCCGUCUGUUUUGACCGUUCCUUCUUUCCUUCCUUCCCUCCUUCUCUUUCUUUCCUUCCUCUCCUUCCUCUCUUUCCUCCAUUCCUUCUGUCCUUCCUCCCUUCCUUCUUUCCUCUGUCCUUCUUUCCUUCCUUCCUCCCUUCCUCUUUUCCUUUCUCCCUCCCUCCCUCCCUCCUUCCUCCAUCCCCCUUUCUUCCUUCCUUCUUUCCUACCUCCUUCCUUCCUUCUUUCCUCCAUCCUUCCUUCCUUAUUUCCUCCCUCCUUUCCUUAUUUCCUCCCUUCUAGCAUCAUUUGAUGCAAUGAAGGCCGUGAAUGUUUAUACCAAAUGUCAUUAAAAAUCCCGUCAGUAAAAUUCAUAUUCAAAUAGCUUUUUUUGGCAUCACCAUAACAAAAUUGCCAAAGCACUCUAUGAAUGAUGAAUGUUAAUAAUUACACCAAACAGACAUGUAUAAACUGUCACCGACCCCUUCAUUAGGUGCAACCUGUGCAAUAUAAUUCAAUCCAAUACAGCAGCUCUGUUUUAAACUCUAUUUUUUUGAAGUUUUUCUACUUUAUGUUUAUUACUGAGGUCGUGUUGGUGGCGUACUGGGGUGAAUUAUAUUGAAUGUUGUUCCUAAUAUUUAAAGCAGAAAUAUCACCUUGAUAGUGUAAAAAAACAACAAAAUGUAUAAACUUCAUAAAUGUGAAAUUUAAAACAGAGCUGUUGUAUUGGAUUGAAUUAGAUUGCACAGGUGUGCCUAUUAAAUUGGCCAGUGACUGUAUUUAUACACUUGUAUGUGUAUAUAGAAAACAAUGUAUGAAACUCACAAAAGUCAAAUUAACAUCUCAGUAACUACUACAUUAUAUCUGUUAAAUGUUAAAAGUCUUUCCACUUAUUAUUUAUGUAAUUGACAUGGAUCAACUUGGGCUUAAUUCUUUAUUUUUAUACACUAAUUUACACUUAGGAGCAAAUACUCCAUUAGUUGCUUCACUGCAACAUUGCUAUAGUUAUACUUUUACACUUAUGAGCAAAUAAUCCGUUAGUUGGUUCAUUACAACAUUGCUAUAGUUAUACUUUUAAACUUCUGACCAAAUACUCCGUUAGUUGCUUCACUACAGCAUUGCUAUAGUUAUACUUUUAAACUUCUGACCAAAUACUACGUUACUUGGUUCACUACAACAUUGCUAUAGUUAUAGCCUACUUUUAAACUUCUGACCAAAUACUCCGUUACUUGGUUCACUACAACAUUGCUAUAGUUAUAGCCUACUUUUAAACUUCUGACCAAAUACUCCGUUAGUUGCUUCACUACAACAUCGCUAUAGUUAUACUUUAUCUCUGCAUGGUGGCAUCAGCAAAACUCAAUACUUUCUCUAUUAGCUACUUUCUAGUUUAAGAAUAUUAAUCAUAAUUUAAUCCAUUUUGAUUUCAGGCUUCACCACCACUGAAUGCAGGCACUGUAGUCUUCCAGGUGUUUUUUUUUUUUUUUGUUAUCAAAAACUCUUAUGUUGGUUUACGUUUGUUUUUCCACUAGCUAGCAUGUAAUUCAACGUAUUCACACAAAAAAAGAAGAAGAAGACAACCUGUAUGAUACUGACAUGCCUUUACUGCUGGUCGCUUUGCUUCUGAUCGUGACUUGCCGCGGUGUUUAGUGCUGUUGUAGAAAUUGUGAUGUAAACUAUAAAUUAUGAAAGAUUUUUCCAAUUGGACCAAGCUCACGCGCAACGUUUGGUGUGUUGAUGUCUGAAAAGUUUCGAGUGAAUGCAGGUUUUCUUUUGCGACACUCCUGACGAGUCUUAAAGUGCGUGCCUAGUGUUUCUUCGAUGGUAAAUAGUCGUGUGUGUUAUUUGAGAUUUGUUUGGUAUGUUAUGUUGUAAAAUCUGCACUAUGUCUUGCAUAUCAAAGACAACAAAUGCCCUGUGAUUUUUCUGUUUUUUUCUUUUCUUUUUUUCUAUUUGUUCUUCUUUUCGUUCAUCUCUGAAUGACUUUGGCCUCUGUUUUAGCGUCUUAAAAAAAACUGGAAUGUUGUACAUUUAGUGCCUUUUACAUUUCAUCAGCUACCUUGAACAUCUGCUCAAAAAUAGAAAAGAUAAGAUUCAUUUAUUUUCCUUUUAUUGUAUGUAUUUUUUUAUACACAUAAUAUCGCCUCUGUAUCCACUUGUUCAAAUUUUAUAUAAAACCUAUU